UGCAAGUCGGCCUCGAGGCAACCAAGGCACCAAGGUCAACCGCGCCCUCCACAUGAGCAGGUACGGCAGACUUGGAACUGGAGCCUUGAUCGCACCGACGCAGCCCACAUCCACGCACCACUCCUCGAACCAAGCCGCGACGGCACCCCGCACGCAACAGUCUUUCCUGGAGACGAUUACGGCCUCUGGUCAUCUACGGCUACACGAGGGAUACCUCACAACCCCCGUUUCUACGUCGCGACCGCAGCGCGGCCUGGGUACGACAAGUAGUUGUUCAGCUGUCGCUCGAGCCUGUCCGGAAAUCACCCAGAUCGUUCCGCCGAGUGAUCGAUAGCCGGUUUGGACCGACUUACUGGCCGCCUACGCCUCUGACAGAAUUCCCAACUCGCCAGACCAUGAAUCGACACGGCUCACCGGCGCUUGGCGCCAAACACGAUGCGGCCUCGCGAGUCCAAAAACCCGAGUCGGCCGCUGAAAAGCUUGCUGCUCUCAAGGCACGUGUUUCGGCUGCACUUGACACCAGCAAGGCGAAGGGUGGUCUCAACGUUGGCCUACAUCCGGCGCUGGCCGACCUCGCGCAACCAUCCGCAUCGAAACCCUCAGACUCUAGAUCAGCAUCGUCUGGUUAUGGAGCUCAUACACAAAGUCGGUCGGCGAAUGGAAAUCAAGCUCGGACCAAUGCCCAGAAGGGCAAGGCUUUGGACUUGUCCGGUCCCUCUUUGGAAAGCAUGAAGAGCAAUCCAUAUUACGAUCCAAAUUUGGGAACACAAGGCAACAAACCACGCCAGUCGCGCGAGCUGGUGUUCAACCAGAAGGGCAAAUACAUCCAGCAGGCUAAUGCGCUUCGUCGUCAAGCUGCUCUCGAGGCGAUGAAGAAGAAAAUCGCCGAAAAGACACGCAAAGUGGGAAUAGACGAGGAUAUAGACGUCGAGAAGAACUUUUCUGUCGAAGCUCCUCCAGAGAUAGAAUGGUGGGACGAAGGAUUGGUGGAUGGCAAGAACUAUGACCUGAUCGAUGAUCCAUCCAAGCUCAAGAUCGAGUCACCCGACUCCAUCAUAACAAGCUACAUACAACAUCCCGUGCAAAUCGCUGCUGCCGAUGAGAAGCUGUUGCAGACCGUCAAGCCCUUAUACCUCACCAAAACUGAGCAGAAGAAGGUCCGCAGACAAAGACGCAUGGCUGAUCUCAAGGAGGAGCAGGCCAAGAUCCGUCUUGGACUUGUGCCUGCGCCACCACCGAAAGUCAAGAAGUCGAAUCUUAUGCGCGUGCUGGGUGAAGAGGCCAUCAAAGACCCAACACAAGUUGAGGCGCGGGUCAAUCGAGAGAUUGCCGAGCGACAUGCGACGCAUGUUGAAGCCAACGACGAGCGCAAGCUCACGAAGGAGCAGCGACAUGAGAAGCUCCAAGCCAACCAAGAAAAGGAUGCUAGCAAAGGCUUGCACAUGCUCGUGUUCAAGAUCAAUUCUCUGGCGAACGGGCAACAUAGAUACAAAAUCAACGUCAAUGCGGAACAGAAUGCGCUGACGGGCAUCGCCAUCAUGCAUCCCAAGCAAAACCUUGUCAUCGUGGAAGGUGGAGCGCACUCCAUUCAGAGUUACAAGAAACUCAUGAUGAAUCGAAUCGACUGGACCGAGAACGCACCAUCAAGAGACAAGGGCGCGCAGAAUGAAUCAUUGCGACAAUGGCUCAAGGCUGAGGACGAAAAGGGGAGUUUGAAGGAUUUGGCGAUGAACAAAUGCCAGCUGCUCUUCGAAGGCGAGAUCAAGGAAAGGGCCUUCAGAAAAUGGGGCUCCAAGGUCGCUGAGACGGACGCUGAUGCGAGAGAGGUUCUGUCGCGAGCAAAGGCUGAUAGCUUCUGGAACUUGGCCAAAUCAUCAUUGUAAUGAUUUCAGGCACACCUCGCAAGCAGUCUCAUUUAGCUCGUGACUAGUUAUGGACAUGUAGGCAGCUAGAUUCAAUAUACCCAAGAGACCAGACUGCUCAGCUGUAUUCGCCUU